UCCACAUCAUGGAAGUGCUGCAUUGCUCUGUUUUAGCUUUUCUACCAUCUGUUCAUCUAGCCAGGAUUCAACUACGCAUCUAGAAUGCUACUUUUAUAACGAUCAGGCACUGGGAAAAAAUAUAUAUAUUUUACAAAGGUGAAAUUUUUGAGGUCAUGGGGAGCUUAGAGAGAAUAUGGUGGAUUGUAGUCGAGUGCACCUGCAGGCUCCUUGGCAUUUCUACAUCCACAGGACAGGGGGAAAGAAUGAAAGAAAGAGGGGGAGAGGAAGAAAGAAAAACAAAGGGGAGAAGAGACGUGUUGUGUGCUGUGGGAGUGGAAACACUACAUCAGGGAGAAUUCAACAGCCUUGGCAUCUAUCUAAUAGUCUCAUUUAUUGGGAUCAUGAUUCUUGAACUAGCCUAUUUCCUGGAUUCUCUCCUGUCCAUGUGUCUGCCCUGCCCUCCAGACUGGAAGUUGUUUUUACUGUGGGGGAAGAUGGCUCGCAUUGGAGGCUUUCAUAAGUUCCUAUACUACUCCAUCAUGUCAGUGGUCUGUUUCCUGCACCCUGUGCUGGUGUGGCAUGCAAUCAUCCCAGGAACAAUGCUUCUGGUGACAGCCUUUUUCAACUUCAUACUGAGCAAGAAAACAAAGACCAAACCUCCCAAAAGCCCGCAGGAGAGCUUCAGCAACCAAGGCCCAACUGCUGUCUUUGUGACAGAAAGCACGGGCUCAGACGGCACCUUCUCAUUCUUCCAUAUGGUGACAGGCAGGAGAGGGCAGGGGCUGGCACCAACAAGCAGAGACAACUGCCUCAGCACCGGAGAGAGAGGAGACAACAUCCAGGCUAUGCUGGAGCUGGAGCAGACAACAGCACCUAAAGACACAGAUGGGGAAAGGAGGAGGAGGUGGAAAGAGAAGAGACUAUUAUGCUUUAGAAGUGGGGAGGAGCCUGUGGAGAGGGAGAUGGAAGAGAUGGAUGGAUACUGUGAGCCAGACACCACCUCAGACACUGCACCUAUGAUUACUGACUGAAUGUCGCUGUGCUUACUGAUAACACACAAUGGAAAUGAUGUAUAAAGAAUAAUGCAUUCACGCAUACUCUGUACAACCAGCUGGUCUUGAACCAACUUUUUGUAGAAAGCACCAAUGUCUUCCACAAUAAGGUUUAUUUUAUGUGAUUAAGCUAUAAAAAAAUUGAUUUUUAUGAAAUAUUUGACUGAUUUGUAUAUUUUUGGAGUCUUGUACAAAUUUAAAAGUUGGAGUUUCAAAUGCAUGCACUCAAAUAAAUGAAACCAUUUGUACCAA